AUGAAGUUCACUACGGCAAUCAUCGCUUCCCUGUUGGGAACCAGCACCGCCUUGUUUGACAAGAACCAGCCCUGGGGUAAACGCGACUACGCCUGCGUGAACGUCUACCAAGGCAUCCCUGAUAAUUCAACCGUCUCCACCGGUCAAACCAUCCGCGUCCGGUUCAACCGCAAGCCCACAGGACGGUGCCCAGAUCCAUUGAACCAGUACCCUGGUGACGACUACAGCGUGUGGCUGUACAAUAACCCUGUGCGCAAGUUGGAUACUAUCUCCUUUGACCAGUCUAUCAAGAUUACGGAUGGUAUUAAGGAGAAGACGGGUCUUGUUGAUGUUACUAUUCCCAAGAACUUGCCUCAAGUUAAGGAUGGUUCGGUUUGGUAUUUGAGAGUUGGAACUUCGCUCUCAACGGCACCACAGAUGCCCACCUUGUUUAACGCUGCCGGCCCAUUUACGAUUAGUCGUGCAUAG